AUGUAUGGCUUAGAGCAGGGGAUGGAACCGAUAUCCCCCGCUCACAAACUUAUCUUGGCUGCAAGAUCAAAGGUGUUUUGGAACAUAUUGGAUUCUGAUGAUUGCAAUGUUUCAUCGAUCAAGAUAUUCGCUCUUCCAGAUAUGACAACAUACGAUGAGCUAAAGACAUUUCUUGAGUUCAUAUACAGCGGUUCGCUUCCUGAUACGAUACCGGUGGAGCAUUUCCGUACACUCUACGUAGCCGCAAAAGAAUACGAGAUUCCAUACCUCCAAGAAGUCUGUAGAAACCAUCUCAUCGCUUCCAUGAACUCAUCAGAUGCAUUUGACGUCCUAGAGCUUGCAGAGAUUCACUCAGACAAGAUCCUCAAAGAUGCUAUCUCUGAGUUCAUCACAACGAACAUGAAAGAUACUUUGUUCUCGACUAAGUUCAUGUCCUUUGUUGAGAGAAAUCCAGCUCUUGCUGUCACGACAAUAAGGGCUUAUGUGAACAAAGUCGAAGAUGAUCGACGUAAAACUCAGAAUACUUCUAGGGAAGGUCCAUCACCAUCUACUGUAGAACCCUAG